GGAAGAGGUGCUUCGAUGCGAUGAGUCGAUAGUGUACAGCUUUUGCACGAACGGUAAUGUAUGAGUCUGACUCACGGAUGAGGACAGUUCGAUUGUUCGAGUCGCGGUCGUUGUUUCCGUCGACUUGAGAGGUCUCUCGAUCUGCUGGCGCAGAGAUGAUGCUGCUGGGCCACCAAAGUUUACGCUCCGUGGCCAGCAUAUAUUCAGGACUAUUUCACAAAGGUUCGAUCAGAAAGCUCACGAAAUCAGCCUGCCGUUGACAUUUUAUAUUCUGAACUUUAUAUCUUCAUUUACAAGGGUGACCUCACAAGAUUACUAUACACAGGCACAUGGGCCAUGUUCAAAUAGGAAGGUCGCAGGAAUAUUAAUUGCUCCUUCAGGCAAACAGCUUGCCAUUGAAAUGUCCACAUCAUGGAGCACAACAGCCUUCAGCGAUCCACAGGUUCGCAAAUGGGAUUUGGUACGCACCAAUCGUACAUACGAGUGUACAUGCAUGCGCACUUGCAUGUACAGCCAACCAACUGAGGGGAACGUCAGCACGACAAUCCUUCCUCGCCCCAUCUUCUGUUUGUAUUGUAUUUUGACCUUUGUUGGUUUUUUGUGUUGAGCUUUCAAAUGUGAUUUUGUGUUGAAGAAAUAUAGUACGGCGUUGGCUGUCUACAUUCCUAGCAUUCGUCUUUUUGUGGUUGCCCUGCGCAGUGUACAGCCUGUUUCGCGACAAGAUGUUACGAGCGGACGCAGAGGUGGAGGAUGGCUUACGAGCUGAGGAUAGAUUGGAUGAAUUGGAUUACAUGGACGACGAAUUUCUUGAAGACAGCGAGACUUCUCUACUACGAGAGUCAGAUGCGGAAGAGAAAGAUGCGAUAGAAGUGGGGAAUUUAUAUUUGAUAUGUCUGGCCAUCAGCACUGGAGGCCUUCAAGUAAUAUGGACGGCCAUUAUGUCUCAAGGCUCUCCUUACUUGGUCUCGCUCUCGGUUCCCAGCUACCUCAUAUCCCUAGUUUGGCUUGCUGGUCCCCUCUCUGGUGCAAUCGUUCAACCAUAUAUCGGCAUUCUAUCUGAUCGCUCUCAACACUAUCUCGGCCGUCGUAGACCAUUUAUUAUCAUUGGUAGCAUCGCAACCAUUGUCUGUAUCCUCGCACUUCCUUGGACAACCGACCUGAUAUCAUACCUCUUUGCCUUAUUUGGAAGCUCCCCCGUUGGUCGCAGCGCAAUGAUAUGUAAAGGUUCUACAGCAGCUGUUUGGAUAUGGGCUUUGAAUAUUGCAAUUCAACCCGUGCAAGGGGGACUCAGGGCAAUCAUCGUGGACUGUGUUCCACCGAAACAACAAGUAAGAGCUUGCGGUUAUGCGAGUGCUGCUGCGGGAAUUGGUUCAAUUCUAGGGUACACUGCCGGCUAUGUUUCUCUGCCGAGAUAUUUACCAUGGCUUGGCGAUACUCAGUUAAAAGGGCUCUGUCUAAUUGCUUCCGUGGCAUUGGGUUCAACUGUUGCGGUGACCUGCUUCACGGUGAAAGAAAAACGUUUUGUUGAUUUGGAUGCAAGUCCGAAAACCCCGAGUUUCGCGGAGAAUUUCCGUCAGAUAUUUAGCAGCAUGAAAACUUGUCCGAGGGAAAUUAGGAAGGUUUGCAUGGUUCAAUUUUUUGCUUGGAUAGGCUGGUUUCCGUUUUUAUUUUAUAUAACCUCAUACUUAGGUGGUCUUUAUGAAGCAGAAUAUACUUCUAUAUCCAAAAAGGCAAACCCUCCUCUCACGUUUCCUACCACAUCACCUCUUACUGCAUCACCUCAUUCCAUUCGCCAUGCAACAUUCAUCAUGAUUCUCUUCGCCCUUGUCGCACUCAUCUCGAAUCUGACACUUCCUUUGCUCAUCCCGUCAUCCUCCAUCAAUUCUAAAGAUCGGAAGCCCACUAUCAUCUCCCGCUUCCACAUCAAAUUUCUCACCCUUCCCCACGUCUGGACACUAUCUCACAUCCUCACCACCCUUCUCACCAUAUCUACCUUAUUGACAUCGAGCUUUGUCUCUACCUCAAUCCUUGUCAUCUUCCUUGGUAUCUCAUGGGCCACUACUGCUUGGAUUCCUCUCGCCCUCAUCUCUACCGAAAUCUCGCAAUCCCAAUCCCAAUCCCAACGCCAUUCCACUACUUCCAAUCAUUCCAUUCCCCUUUCCCUAAUCGCUUCACCUGCCUCUCCAACCCACAAAAGAAAUCGAAACCAGGAGCCGUUACAAGCAGGCACAAUAAUGGGUCUCUACAACAUGGCAAUUGCUUUGCCGCAGAUUAUUGCUGCGUUACAUGGGAGUCUAGUAUUUUGGGCGUUAGGAGAAGUUGGGGUUGUGGGGACAGAAGCAAUGGGCUGGGUCAUUAGGUUGGGAUGUUUGGGGAGUAUUUUUGCUGCUUGGUUAGCGGAUUCAUUAUGAAUUACGCAGUUAUGAAUAGAUGGGGACAUUCUUGCGAUGGGCGGUGUUCAGGUUCUUAGGCGUUUUGGGAUAAAACUUCGAUUUAGUGAUACAUCAUUGACGAUAUAUCGCGUUGGUAUCAGGCUUUUAGUGUAGUAGAUAUAACAAUCCAUACACUUCAAAUCUUACUCUUAUCA